AUGUCUCAGACUGACGUCCCUGAGCUUCCAUCCAAGCGUCCUGGGUAUGUGAGGUUGGGGAAGUCCGGCCUAAAGGUUUCCAAAAUUAUCUUGGGAUGUAUGACCUAUGGCUCUACCGAUUGGGCGGGAUGGCUCCUUGACGAGGAGACGGCAUACAAGCACAUAAAAUACGCAUACGAUGCGGGUAUCAACACGUUUGACACUGCUAAUGUCUACUCGAAUGGUCUCUCCGAGGAAAUCCUCGGUAAAGCAAUCAAGAAGCUGCAUCUCCCGCGCGAGGAAAUCGUGGUGAUGACCAAAUUCACCGGUGUCUGCGGGCGCACUCAUGGAGAGAAAUAUUAUGACCCCUUUGCAGCGGAUGAGCUGGGUUACGUGAACCAGUGGGGUGGGAGUCGCAAGCAUAUAUUCGAUACGGUUAAGGCUAGCUUGAAGCGUCUGCAGCUGGACUACAUCGAUGUCCUCCAGGGCGAGUCCUCUCUCUUCGAUUGGAGCGAUAUAUUUACCAUGUGCACGUGUCAUAAAGAAGUGAUGGAAGCUUUACACGAUGUCGUCAAGGCCGGCUAUGUACGCUACAUCGGCAUGAGUUCGUGCUAUGCCUGGGAAUUCCACGCUAUGCAGAACUAUGCCAUCAAUAAUCGUCUCACGCCAUUCAUCUCCAUGCAGAACCACUACAGUCUGAUUUACCGCGAGGAGGAGCGUGAGAUGAUCCCCACACUCAAGGUUCGUUCGACCGUUCCGUCGCCCUUUGACACCAUUCAUCCUUCGGGAAACUUACCGUCCGCACGUGCGCUACAGUAUUUCGGUGUAUCGUCCAUCCCGUGGUCUCCCCUUGGACGUGGGCUGCUCUGUCGUCCAUUCGACAAGCUGAAGGACUCUAAGCGUGGAGAGACGGAUUGGUUCCUGAGAGUGUAUGACGAUAUUCCCGCGCUCGAACAGAUCAUCAAUCGCGUGGAGGAGAUCGCGAAGAAGCACCAGGUCAGCAUGGCUCAGGUAGCAACAGCCUGGGAGUUCUCCAAAGACGUCGUUGCGGCGCCCAUCGUUGGGACAACAAGUCUGGAGAACCUGAAAGACAUUCUCGAGGGUGUGUACCUGAAGUUGACGGAGGAAGAGGUCAAGUACCUCGAGGAGCCGUACAAGCCGAUGCAGAUCAUCGGGCAUUAG